CAACCCCCCUCUCUCUCUCCUCCCCCAGCCGCCGUACGGUGCUCCAACCGUCGUCUCUUCCAUGACCGCCUCGCCCACGCCCAGCGUAUCGACGACGACUCCGCCGACAGCAGCGCCGCCGCCGUCGAAGAAGAAGGCGACGCCGACGCCGGAAGAGUUGAAGGACAACACGUACUGGGACCGGCGACGCAAGAACAACACGUCGGCAAAGCGGUCGCGAGAGUCGCGGCGCGGCAAGGAGCAGCAGACGGCGUGCAGGGUAGUCUACCUGGAGCAGGAGAACCUGCAGCUGCGCACAGAGGUGUCCCUACUGCGCAGCGAGAUCGACAAGCUGCGCUGCAUCCUCUACACCCACUAACAGGUGGCGCCACCGGCGAUGCGUCAUCUAACAGGUGGCGCCGGCCAGCGAUGCAUCAUUUACACCCAGUAACAGGUGGCGCCACCGGCGAUGCGUCAUCUAACAGGUGGCGACACCAGCGAUGCAUCAUUUGCGCCCACUAACAGGUGGCGCCACUUGUGCCGCAUCGCCUACACCCAGUAAUAGGUGGCGUCACCUACGCGCAUGCGUGUCGCCCCGUCUCGAGCGAGAGGCGGUGCUGCAUGCUGUACAUAGGUGGCGCUACAAUAGCCAGCGAGCUUUUGCAAAGACGCCGUAUGUAGUGGAUGAGUUCGUAGGCGUUAUACUGAUAACUUGUUUGCAGAGAGACAUAGGUAAGACAUCGGUGUGCAAAUGGACGAGUUGGGGAAUGCGUAGAUGUCAGAAAUGGACAAACAUUAUCGCCUAUUGUACUGUCUUGCUCAACCCACACACAACGACACAUUGUCAGAUCUGUGCAACUACCAUUAUAGAGAGACCACAUGUCUAUAAAGGUAGCUAUCGAUGUUUCUCAUAAGUGGCAGUUAUAUAAUGAUACGUUCUAUCAAUAGUACAUAACAGAGAUCUCUAUUAUGUACUAUUGCUUCUAUAGAACGGCCAGUUUUUCAUGCAGGCCGUUUCCUUUGAGUGAACGUUAAGUGAAGGUGUAGCCGCGUAUACACUUGCAGGAAUGCGUCACACCACGUCGGUGAGACAUGGUUCGAUGUACUGAAGUUAUCCGUGAGCCGCGUGCUGUUGCUAACGCGCGGCGUAAUGGAGGCAAACGCCGAGCACACUAGUCAACGCAAGUGCCGUGCUCGGCGGGAAAGUUCAUGCGAACAUACAGGGUUACGAAUAGUACAAAAUCCUAGAAGGCAUGCGAAAUUCGUAAUUUCUAAUUCAAUUCACUUACAGAUUUCGAAGCUUUUCAUUACUUCAUAACUUUCGAAUGAAAUCUGUAUUCUAAUUGACCAUCUUUGGAGAGAAAAGUAACGAAUGAUUUGAUUGGUCAUAAAAAGCUCUUUGGUCAUAGAAAGCCUUCUGGGCUUUCGUAGAAAGGCUGUCUUUCAUUGCUACUAUAUUGCUCAAUUGGGCGGGACCACACUAUUUGUAAGAAAGUCACUUUUUCAUAUUUCUGACCGUUGGUCAUGAAGACGUGGUCAACAUAUUGCGCGAUCGAAGCACUACCUAUCGGAAGAGGUUUAGCAUAAUAUAGUCUAUCGGCAGGAAAUUAGUUUAAUUACAAACAUAUUCAGUAACCUCGGCCUAAAUGUAUAUGUAUCAAAGAUGUCACUCGAUAUGUGUGUGUGCGUGUGAUUGUGUGUGCGCUCCAAGUGUAUCGGUGUAUGAUAUUGCAUCGAUGCAUGGAAUCAACGCCACUUGUUUACGUUGUGCAUUAGCGUUAGUUGUGUUUCAUACCUAUAUUGAUCUGUUAUUAUGCUCUUUUUUUGCGUUUUGUAAAUACGAAUCUUAUUAUAUUGAUUAGUUACGCCCGCAGACUCGGCGAGCUUGCAUUCGCGAACUUCUGUCAUGCCGGAGUACGGUUGUACGCUGGCGCCACCUGUAGCCAGAGUUCAUCAACGAGCAAUAAACUUUCCGUGUGUGGUUUGAGAACAAUAA